GUUCCAGCCGGGCGGGGUGGGAAGGGGUGUUAGGGCGGGAUUGUGACAUAAGAUUGCCCUGGUGACAUGGAGCAGAUCUGGACCCAAGCCUAAUAAAGGUGGCAUAAAUAAAGGUGUCAUAAAGACAGGGCGGGGCACAUGCUUGUAAGAGGCACGAGCAUCUUAGGGUUGCCAGAAUGACUCCCGCUCAGUGCGCAGCACUCAUGUGUGUCAUGUUCUGGCUGCGUUUCUGGGGCCCAUGGCCCCUCCUCACAUGGCAACUAUUGUGUCUACUAGUCAAGGAGACUCAGCCUCUGGAGUGGGUCAAGGACCCACUCCAGCUGACCUCUAACCCCCUGGGACCGCCUGAGCCCCGGUCUUCCCGCUCCUCCCAUCUCCCAUGGGAAUCUCCCCAUGCGCCCACUCCCCCGGCAGACCCGGGGGACUUUGAUUACCUGGGGCCCUCUGCUUCCUCGCAGAUGUCAGCCCUGCCCCAGGAAUCGACUGAAAAUUUGGUUCCAUUCCUGGACACGGAUUCAGCUGAAGAGCUGCCCCUGGGGCCAGAGCAGUUCUCCGCUGCACACCAGGAUUUAAAUGACAAGCUGACUCCGGAAGAAAGGCUCCCAGAGAUUUCAAAACCAACCACAUUUAUUGUUUCGCCCAAGAACCUGAAGAAAGAUCUAGCUGAGCGUUGGAGCCUUGCUGAGAUUGUUGGAAUUCCACACCGAUUAUCCAAACCUCAGCGUGAGAAACAGACUUUGCAGGAUGAAUAUUCGAGUAUGGACACACUGUAUCCCGGCGGCCUGCCUCCAGAACUCCGGGUGAACUCAGAUGAGCCUCCAGGGCCCCCUGAGCGAGUUGGACUUUCUCAAUUCCAUCUAGAGCCGGAAACUCAAAAUCCAGAGACCCUUGAACACAUCCAAUCCUCUUUACUCCAGCAAGAAGCCCCAGGGCAGCUUCCACAGCUCCCUGAGGAGGAAGAACCUUCUUCUACCCAGCAGGUGGCCCCAGCUCUGCCUCCAGCAUCCUCUAUGGAAAGUCUAACUCUACCAAAUCGUGAGGUGACAGUUCAGCCUCCAGGUGAGGAUCAAGCUCAUUAUAACUUGCCUAGCAUUAUAGUUAAACCUGCAGAUGUGGAGGUUCCCAUGACUCCAGAGGCUGAAAACGAGACAGAAUCUUCUGAAGUCCAGCAGGAGUCCCCAGGUCAGCCUCCAGAGGAGGUGGAACCUUCUGCAACCCAACAGGAGCCCCCAACUGAGCCUCCAGGUCCUCCUGUGGAGCCUGAACUUUCCCCCAGUGAGCAGGAGCAGCCAGCUCAGCCUUCUGAGUCUUCUGGGGAGGUUGAAUCUUCUCCAGCCCUGCAGGAGACCCCAGCUCAGCCUCCAGAACAUCAUGAAGUCACAGUUUCACCUCCUGGUCACCAUCAGACUCAGCAUUCAGAUAUGCCCAGUGUCUCUGUUAAGCCUCCAGAUGUGCAGCUCACCAUAGCAACAGAGCCUAGUGCAGAGGUGGGAACUUCUCCAGUCCUCCAGGAGGCUACAGCUCAGCUUUCAGGGCCAGGUAAUGAUGUAGAACCUCCCACCAUCCAGCACGGGGGCCCACCUCUGCCUCCAGAGUCACUGGAAGAGGCUGGACCUUUAGCAAUUCAACAGGAGACUUCAGUUCAAUCUCCGGAAUCUAUUAAUAAUGAGAACCCCUCUCCAACCCAGCAGGAGGCUGCAGCUGAGCAUCCACAGACCGCUGAGGAGGGUGAGUCUUCUCUAACCCAGCAGGAGGCCCCAGCUCAGACUCCAGAGCUCCCUAAUGUAGUUGUAGCUCAACCUCCAGAGCAUUCAAACCUGACUCAAGCCACAGUUCAACCUUUGGACCUGGGACUUACCAUCACUCCAGAAUCCGUGACAGAGGUUAAACUUUCUCCAACCAUGCAGGAGACCCCAACUCAGCCUCCCAAGAAAGUUGUAUCCCAACUUCCAGUACAUCAAGAGAUAACAAUUCCAACACCAGGUCAGGAUGAAGCUCAGCAUCCAAUGUCACCCAGCAUUACAGUUCAACCUUUGGACCUGGGACUUACCAUCGCUCCAGAACCCACUACGGAGGCUGAACAUUCUACACCCCUGAAGAAGACUAUAGCUCCUCCAAAACAUCCUAAGGUGAUACUUCCACAUCCAGACCAGGUUCAGACUCAGUAUUUACACCUGACUCAAGCCACAGUUCAACCUUUGGAUCUGGGGUUUAUCAUCACUCCAGAAUCCACAACAGAGGUUGAACUUUCUACUAUCCUGAUGACUACAGCUCCUCCUCCAGAACACCCUGAGGUGACACUUCCACCUUCAGACAAGGGUCAGGCUCAGCAUUCACACCUGACUCAAGGCACAGUUCAACCUCUGGCCCUGGAGCUUACCAUAACUACAGAACCUACUACAGAGGUUAAACCAUCUCCAACCAUAGAGGAGACCUCAACUCAGCCUCCAGACCCGGGACUUGCCUUAACUCCAGAGCCCACUACAGAGACUGGACAUUCUACAGCCCUGGAGACGACUACAGCUCCUCGUCCAGACCAGGUUCAGACUCUGCAUCAAAGCCUGACUGAAGUCACAGGUCCACAUACUGAACUAGAACCCACUCGGGAUUCAUUGGUACAGUCUGAAAGUCACGCCCAAAAUAAGACUUUAACUGCAUCAGAGGAACAGAAGGCCUCCAUAAGCACCAACAUAUGUGAACUCUGUACCUGCGGAGAUGAGACACUGUCAUGUGUUAAUCUCAGCCCAAAGCAGAGGUUCCGCCAAGUGCCUGUGCCAGAGCCCAACACCUACAAUGGCACCUUCACCAUCUUAAAUUUCCAAGGAAACUAUAUUCCUCACAUUGAUGGAAAUGUAUGGAAAGCAUACAGUUGGACCGAGAAACUAAUUCUCAAUGAAAAUUAUUUGACUGAAUUACAUAAGGAUUCAUUUGAAGGCCUGCUAUCCCUCCAGUAUUUAGAUUUAUCCUGCAAUAAAAUACAGUCUAUUGAAAGACAUACAUUUGAACCACUACCAUUUUUGCAAUAUAUAAAUCUUGGUUGCAAUUUACUCACAGAACUGAGCUUUGGAACAUUUCAGGCCUGGCACGGAAUGCAGUUUUUAUACAAGUUAAUUCUCAAUCGCAAUCCUCUGACAACUGUUGAAGAUCCGUAUCUCUUUAAAUUGCCGGCAUUAAAAUAUUUAGACAUGGGAACAACUCAAGUCCCACUUGCAACACUUAAGAACAUUCUCACGAUGACUGUUGAACUGGAAAAACUGAUCUUACCUAGCCGUAUGGCCUGCUGCCUCUGCCAAUUUAAAAACAGCAUUGAGGCUGUCUGCAAGACAGUCAAGCUGCAUUGCAACAGUGCAUGUCUGACAAACACCAUACAUUGUCCUGAAGAAGCAUCUGUAGGGAAUCCAGAAGGAGCGUUCAUGAAGGUGUUACAGGCCCGGAAGAAGCACACGAGCACUGAGCUGACUAUUGAGCCGGAGGCGCCCUCAGACAGCAGUGGCAUCAACUUGUCAGGCUUUGGGAGUGAGCAGCUAGACACCAAUGACGAGAGUGAGGUUAUCAGUGCACUGAGUUACAUCUUGCCGUAUUUCUCAGCAGGAAAUCUAGAUGCGGAAUCAAUGUUGUUACCGUUCAUGAAACUGCUCUUUUCUAAUGCACAAGAUGGAGACAGGCCCCUGAGUAUUUUGCAAAACAAUACAAAGGGCCCCUCUCUUCAACCUGCAUCCAACAACUCAACUUAUGAAAGUAAAUUGAGAAAGCUGUACUUCCUGGAAAAUAUGUUAGAUACAGAAAUACAAGAAAAAAUCGAUAAAGUUAAAAGGGAAGAAAAAACUGCCAUGCUUAUGCAGACCAGCCUUCUAGGUAACAAAUUUAAACACCAAAUAUUUGAAAAGAAAUUAGAAACUGUCCAACCACAGGAAAACAGCCUGGUAAAGAUUCAAAGUGUAGGCAAAAACCUGCAGAGAGUGAACAGAGUCCUCACGGGCCCAAGGAGCAUCCAGAAAAGGCACUUCAAAGAGGUGGGAAAGCAGAGUACCAGGAGGGAAGAGGGUGCGCAGGCAUUUGUGGAGAGCGCUGCCCAAGAAAAAAGGCUUGGGAGCCCGGUCUCAAGGGAGCUGGGACAGCCUCACAUAGAGCAGGGGCCCGAGAAGUUACCGGGAAAUGCCAUCUAUGCGAAGCCUUCAUUCACCCAAGAGCGUAAGGUGGCAGUCUCCUCUGUGCUGAAACCCUUCUCCAUGGGCGAGCCUUCUGCCUCCACCCCUGCAAAAGCCCUACCUGAGGUCAGAGACAGAUCAAAAGACUUAACCCACGCUGUUUUCAUUUUAGAAAAUGCAAAGGCUAGAGUUAAGAAUAUGAAGGCUGCUAAACCAAUCGUACAUUCCAGAAAAAACUACCGCUUUCAUAAAAUUCACUCCUGUGUGGCCCACAGCACACCCAAGGCCAAAAAGAGUCAAAAGUUGAGAAAGAAAAGUUAUCUCGAUAGACUGAUGCUUGCAAACAGGCCGCCGUUCUCUGCAGUGAACAGCCUCAUAAAUUCCCCUUCACAAGGGGCUUUUUUGCCUUUAGUAGACCUGAGUCCUAAGGAAAAUCCUUUUCCUAAACUAUUUGAUACUUCAGAACAUGUUAUAGAGAACACUAAUGUAAAGAACACAACUGCAAGAAAUGCCUUCAAAGAAAAUAUUUUUAUGGAAAACACUACUAUGCCGGAAGGCACCAUCUCUGAAAACACAACCUACAAUCCUCCUCCUGAGGCAGAUUCCCCUGGGACUGCAUUCAACUUAGUUAAACGAACUAAUCAGACACAAUGGGAAUACAACAACGUGGGCACUGACCUGUCCCCCGAGCCCAAAAGCUUCAAUUACCCGUUGCUCUCAUCCCCAGGUGAUCAGUUUGAAAUUCAGCUAACCGAGCAGCUACGGUCCCUCAUCCCCAGCGAGGAUGUGAGAAAGUUUAUUUCUCAUGUUAUCCGGACCUUAAAGAUGGACUGCUCUGAAACUCGUGUGCAACUGACCUGUGCCAAGCUCAUCUCCAGGACAGGCCUCCUGAUGAAGCUUCUCAGUGAGCAGAAGGAAGUAAAGGCGUCCAAGGCAGAAUGGGAUACGGAACAGUGGAAAACUGAGAACUAUAUUAAUGAGAGCACGGAAGCCCAGAGUGAACAGAAAGAGCAGAGGUUGAGUGAGCUCAUUAAAGACGUUCCAGGAUAUGGCUAUAACAACAAACUCAUCUUGGCAAUAUCUGUGACUGUAAUACUAACAAUUUUGAUCAUAAUUUUUUGUCUCAUUGAGAUUCAUUCCCACAAAAGGGCAUCACAGGAGGAUAAAGGAGACUCAUCACGGAUUCAUUCCUACAAAAGGGCAUCAGAGGAAGAUAAAGAAGACUCAUCAGUGUCAGGCCCCUGAGCCAAGUUAAGGCAUCCAGAUGGCCUGGAGCCAUGUUUUUUAAAUUUUAUUAUUAAGUAUUGUUUUUUUACUGGUUAAAUCAAUGAUAACAUUCUUUACUUUGUGGUUGUGUUCCUCAAAAUGAGGAUUUUUAACAAUAAUAAAAAUAAAGCUUGUUAGAUCAUUUUUAAUUUUAAUAAAUUGGUUCCUAAAGAUUUGACUAAAGAGAAAACUAGGCCAAUCUAAGCAGAGUCCAAAUGAAGUAGAAAGUCCAUAGAGAACGAGGAAAAAAGGAAAUUGUUGAACCACAGACACAGUAAAAGGAAAAAACUGGGCAGGUGCAGUGACUCACACCUAUAAUCCCAGCACUUUGGG